AUGAAGGACAUGGGCAUCUUCAUGGGGCCGCGCAAAGUCCUGGCUGAGCGCAUCGCUGCGGUGUCUGCCCCGCCGACGGCCGCGAGCGGAUUCCAGGACGACCCAGAUGCCACGGAGUUCAUCCGGGGGCUGGCCAAGGCUAAGCCAACGGACCUGGGUGCAGGUGUGCAGGUCUUCGAGCUCACAAAGUCCUUGCCCGCAGAGCCCUACCAACAGAGCGGCUCGAAGCUGCUGACGCGCAACACCACGCGCCAGGCCUGGAAGGCCACUUUCACAGUCAUGCAGACAGGCAUCAAGCGCGUGGCCAUGCUGGGCAUCCCCGGUAUCGGAAAAAGCCGAAGUCUGGCGCUGGGCCUCUGGCACCUGGUGACGGGCGAGCUGCUGCAAGGGCUCUCCCAGCCCGUGGCCAUCGUCUACGAGGCGAGGGAGGGGGUCAAAGUCUAUUUUUUCACCAAGGACCAGUCUGGCCAGUGGAAGGCGCAGAGCCGGUCGAUGCAUCAGUGGGAUGCUGCCAGCUGCGAGCACCUGACGUGCGCUGACAACUGGUACCUGGUGGAUGCGUACAACACGCUCUCAACGGGUAAAUUCAUCGCCAGAACCGUUCUCGCGUGCAGCCCAGACCGGAAACACUACUCCAAUUUUCUCAAAGAUGGCGGCCGCUGCGUCUAUUGCGAAUCGUGGUCGAAAUCUGAGCUCGAAGCGGCGCACACUCGCAUUGAUGGCUGUGAUCUCAAGACCAUGCUGGAGAGGUACGACAAGAUCGGAGGAAAUCUACGGGCGCUGUUGCUUGAUGAAGACACAUUCAAAAAGUAUGUUAGAGACCAAAAUUCCGAGGCCGUGGACUGGAGCCGCUUGAGGCCUGCUUUCUGCGGCACGUUGGACAACCAGGACAAAAUACUUCUCACGCGCCUAUUCACCUACGUCAGCAAGGAUGGCCUCGACUACAAGGUUGAUUUCUGCUGCACCGGUGUUGCUGCACAGCUUGCCGACAUGCACUAUAACAACCUCGUACAGAUGUGGAGUGACCCAAACGACUCCAAUUCGAGGAAGUGGUUCGAGAACUUUGUCGGCCCCCUUUUGACCUCACCAUGGUGUAGGCAGCAGAAGCUUGCAGCAUGGACCAUCACGAACAAAGGCAAGGAAAAGACCACCUGGAACCACAGCAACCCCUUUGAGGUUGUCGACGUUUUGGAGCUCCUGGAGUGCGACACAAGUGAAGUCUUCGAUCACAGAUGGCGGGCGGCUGUGGGGCAGGAUCUAAAGAAGAAGCUUCUUCACAGCCCAGAUCUUUACCCAGGCAUCGACUAUUUGCUGGAGUUCAACCACGGCAUCUCCGUGAUGAAUUCGCUGUCGCACAACAUUGCGCCGUUGUUUCUAGAUAAAUUGCGUGGCGCAUUCGAGGGCCACACAGAACACAGUUUCACCCUCACAUUCUUCAUUACAGGAGCCCCGGCGAGUUUCAAACCGAAGAGUGGGCAAGAAUUCAACAACCUGAUGGCACUGGCGAAGGAGCCCAAUCCGGUGUUUAAGAACGUUCAUGUACAGGUCGUGCAGAUUCCAAAGACGCGUGAGCCGCUCACGUCGACCAUGCCAACAGCGAGUGAAACCAGGUCGAUCUUCGACGGAAGCACGAGGCUCGGCGUUGCGUUUGCCCGGCCUCGGGUGGGUGGUAGGGCUGCAGGUUGGCUUGCCAUUUCUUCUGGACAGAUUGGCCGUACUUUGGUUUCGCUGAAGUUUUGUUUGAGCUGCAAUUGUAUUUUUGCCGCAUUUCGGCUGCAUUUGCGCUCGGUGACGGGCAAGUGUCUGCCAGAAGGGUUCCGGCAGCCCGAGGCCAUCGUCUACGAAGCCCGGGAGGGCGGCAGGGUCUUCCUUUUCACCAAGGGCCAGGAUGACCAGUGGAAGGGACAGCGCCAGUCGAUGCGACCAUGGGAUGCUGCCGACUGCCUGUACCUGGAGGACCCCAACAACUGCUAUUUAGUGGAUGCUUUCGAGAAAAGACCCACCUUGAAGUUGGCUGCCAAGACUUGGCUCGCCUGCAGCCCAGACCGGGAGCACUACAGCGAUUUCAUCAAAAGCGGAGGCACGUGCGUCUACGUAGAAGCCUUCUCCUGGCAGCCGCGCGCGGGCCACUUCUGGACACGGGAUGUGCGGGGCGCGCGCGCCGCGCUGAUGGCCGCGGGGCACUGCCUCAGGGUGGCCAAGCGCUGGG